AUGUCCACUCCGGACCCCCCCAUGGGAGGGACUCCCAGGCCUGGUCCUUCCCCAGGCCCCGGUCCCUCUCCAGGGGCCAUGCUGGGACCCAGCCCGGGGCCUUCGCCUGGUUCUACCCAUAGUAUGAUGGGACCAAGCCCUGGUCCUCCCACCUCAGGACACCCCCUACCUCCACAAGGGCCAGCAGGGUACCCCCAGGACAACAUGCACCAAAUGCACAAGCCCAUGGAGGGAAUGCACGAGAAAAGCAUGUCUGACGACCCGCGCUACGCUCAGAUGAAAGGCCUGGGCAUGAGACAGGGCGGCCACAGUGGGAUGGGACCACCCCCAAGCCCCAUGGACCAGCAUUCACAAGGUUACCCAUCCCCUCUGGGUGGUUCUGACCAUGCUCCCAGUCCUGUACCUGCCAAUGGCCCUCCCUCAGGUCCCAUGAUGCCCUCUGGCCCGGGUGGCGUGCCCAUGGAAGGGGGCGACCCCCAGGCCAUGGGUCAGCCUAACCGGGGGGCCGGCGGACCCACCCCCUUCAACCAGAACCAGCUCCAUCAGCUCCGCGCCCAGAUCAUGGCCUAUAAAAUGUUGGCACGCGGGCAGCCGCUGCCCGAGCACCUCCAGAUGGCGGUGCAGGGCAAGAGGCCCAUCCCCGGCAUGCAGCAGGGCAUGCCGAACAUGCCCCCUGCCUCAGGACCCGGGGCUGGACCUCCAGGGCCUCCUGGACCCGGACCCACCGGCGCCAACUACACCAGACCUCACGGAAUGGUUGGACCAAACAUGCCUCCUCCAGGACCUUCAGGUGUGCCCCCAGGCAUGCAGGGGCAACCCCCCAGCGGCCCCCCCAAAUCAUGGCCCGAAGGGCCCAUGGUGAAUGCCGCCGCCCCGGCCAGCACUCCUCAGAAGCUGAUUCCUCCUCAGCCUACGGGUCGCCCCUCUCCUGCCCCUCCGUCAGUGCCCCCCGCUGCCUCACCCGUCAUGCCCCCCCAAACCCAGUCGCCCGGGCAACCGGCUCAGCCCCCACCCAUGAUGCUCCACCAGAAACAGAACCGCAUCACGCCCAUCCAGAAACCCCGCGGACUGGACCCUGUGGAGAUCCUGCAGGAGAGAGAGUACAGACUGCAGGCUCGCAUCACUCACCGUAUUCAGGAGCUGGAGAACCUUCCGGGCUCUCUGGCCGGAGAUCUGAGGACCAAAGCGACCAUCGAACUCAAAGCCCUGAGGCUGCUCAACUUCCAGAGACAGCUCCGUCAGGAGGUGGUGGUGUGUAUGCGGCGUGAUACGGCGCUGGAGACGGCGCUGAACGCCAAAGCCUACAAACGCAGCAAACGCCAGUCGUUACGCGAGGCCCGGAUCACGGAGAAGCUGGAGAAACAGCAGAAGAUCGAACAGGAGCGCAAACGCAGGCAGAAACACCAGGAAUAUCUUAAUAGUAUCCUCCAACAUGCUAAAGACUUUAAGGAGUAUCAUCGCUCCAUUACUGGAAAGAUCCAGAAGCUCACCAAAGCUGUGGCCACUUACCACGCCAACACAGAGAGGGAGCAGAAGAAGGAGAACGAGCGAAUCGAGAAGGAGAGAAUGCGGAGGCUGAUGGCCGAGGACGAGGAAGGCUAUCGUAAGCUGAUCGACCAGAAGAAGGACAAGCGCCUGGCUUACCUGCUGCAGCAGACGGAUGAAUACGUGGCCAACCUCACGGAGCUGGUCAGAGCCCACAAAGCCGCUCAGGCCCUCAAGGAGAAGAAGAAGAAGAAGAAAAAGAAGAAGAUGGAGAACGCAGAAGGUGGUACUCCCGCCCUGGGUCCAGAUGGAGAGCCUCUGGAUGAGACCAGUCAAAUGAGUGACCUUCCAGUCAAGGUCAUCCACGUGGACAGUGGCAAGAUUCUGACCGGUGUGGACGCUCCCAAAGCAGGCCAGCUAGAGGCCUGGCUAGAGAUGAACCCUGGGUAUGAGGUGGCUCCGCGCUCGGACAGUGAAGACAGCGGGUCUGACGAGGAAGAGGAGGAAGAGGAUGAGCCCCAGCCCUCUCAGGCCCCCACGGAGGAGAAGAAGAAGAUUCCGGAUCCUGACAGCGAAGACGUGUCGGAGGUGGAUGCUCGCCACAUUAUCGAGCAUGCCAAGCAGGACGUGGAUGAUGAGUACGGCAGCUCGGCGUUUGCGCGUGGGUUACAGUCGUACUACGCUGUGGCUCACGCCGUCACUGAGAAAGUGGAUAGACAGUCCUCACUCAUGGUCAACGGCCAGCUCAAACAGUACCAGAUUAAGGGUUUGGAGUGGCUGGUGUCCCUGUAUAAUAAUAAUCUGAAUGGAAUUUUGGCUGAUGAGAUGGGAUUAGGGAAGACCAUUCAGACCAUCGCCCUCAUCACCUACCUCAUGGAGUACAAACGCAUCAACGGUCCCUUCCUCAUCAUCGUGCCGCUCUCAACUCUGUCUAACUGGGUUUACGAGUUUGAUAAAUGGGCUCCAUCUGUUGUCAAAGUCUCCUACAAGGGGUCUCCCGCUGCCCGGCGUUCUUUUGUUCCAACUCUCCGCAGUGGCAAGUUUAACGUGCUGCUCACCACGUAUGAGUACAUCAUCAAAGACAAGCAGGUGUUGGCCAAGAUCCGUUGGAAAUACAUGAUCGUGGAUGAAGGUCACAGGAUGAAGAACCAUCACUGUAAGCUGACCCAGGUGUUAAACACACACUACCUGGCCCCGAGACGCCUCCUCCUGACGGGAACUCCUCUCCAAAACAAACUGCCAGAGCUCUGGGCCCUUCUCAACUUCCUGCUCCCAACCAUCUUCAAGAGCUGCAGCACCUUCGAGCAGUGGUUCAAUGCCCCGUUCGCCAUGACUGGAGAAAAGGUUGAUCUGAAUGAAGAGGAGACCAUUCUGAUUAUCCGUCGUCUGCACAAAGUGCUCCGCCCCUUCCUCCUGCGCCGGCUCAAAAAGGAAGUGGAGGCCCAGCUGCCUGAGAAGGUGGAGUAUGUGAUUAAGUGUGACAUGUCAGCUCUACAGAGAGUGCUGUACAGACACAUGCAGGCUAAAGGUGUUCUCCUCACGGAUGGCUCAGAGAAAGACAAGAAGGGUAAGGGCGGUACCAAGACUCUGAUGAACACCAUUAUGCAGUUAAGGAAAAUCUGUAACCACCCCUACAUGUUCCAGCACAUUGAGGAGUCUUUCUCUGAGCACUUGGGGUUCACAGGAGGCAUUGUACAGGGACCCGACCUGUACCGCGCUUCGGGGAAAUUCGAGCUGCUCGACAGGAUCCUGCCCAAACUGCGAGCGACCAAUCACAAAGUGCUGCUCUUCUGUCAGAUGACCUCUCUCAUGACCAUCAUGGAGGAUUACUUCGCCUACCGUAACUUCAAAUACCUGCGCCUGGACGGAACCACGAAGGCCGAGGACCGCGGAAUGCUGCUGAAGAACUUCAACGACCCAGCGUCUCAGUACUUUGUCUUCCUGCUCAGCACCAGAGCCGGGGGACUGGGUCUGAACCUGCAGUCGGCGGACACCGUGGUCAUCUUCGACAGUGACUGGAACCCACACCAGGAUCUUCAGGCCCAGGAUCGCGCCCACCGUAUCGGCCAGCAGAACGAGGUGCGUGUGCUGCGUCUGUGCACGGUGAACAGCGUGGAGGAGAAGAUCCUGGCAGCGGCCAAAUACAAGCUGAACGUGGACCAGAAGGUGAUCCAGGCCGGCAUGUUCGACCAGAAGUCCUCCAGCCACGAGCGCAGGGCCUUCCUGCAGGCCAUCCUGGAACACGAGGAGCAGGAUGAGGAGGAGGAUGAGGUACCAGACGACGAGACUGUGAAUCAGAUGAUUGCCAGAAGUGAAGAAGAGUUUGACCACUUUAUGCGUAUGGACUUGGACAGGAGGCGCGAGGAGGCCAGGAAUCCGAAGCGAAAGCCUCGUCUGAUGGAGGAGGACGAGCUCCCCACCUGGAUCAUGAAGGACGACGCUGAGGUGGAGAGGCUGACGUGUGAGGAGGAGGAGGAGAAGAUGUUUGGACGCGGCUCCCGUCAACGCAAGGAGGUGGACUACAGCGACUCCCUGACCGAGAAACAGUGGCUCAAGGCGAUAGAAGAGGGCACUCUGGAAGAGAUUGAAGAGGAAGUGCGUCACAAGAAGACCACCCGGAAGAGGAAACGAGACCGCGACCUGGACCUCCCCGGCCCGGCCACGCCCAGCUCCAGCCGCAGCCGGGACAAGGACGACGACAGCAAGAAACAGAAAAAACGCGGCCGCCCCCCCGCCGAAAAACUCUCCCCCAACCCCCCGACGCUCACCAAGAAGAUGAAGAAAAUCAUAGACGCCGUCAUCAAAUACAAAGACAGUAAUGGCAGACAGCUGAGUGAAGUCUUUAUCCAGCUCCCGUCUCGUAAGGAACUCCCUGAGUACUAUGAACUGAUCCGUAAACCGGUCGACUUCAGGAAGAUUAAGGAGCGGAUCCGGAGCCAUAAGUACCGCAGUCUGAAUGAUUUGGAGAAAGACGUUAUGCUGCUGUGUCAAAACGCUCAAACCUUCAACCUGGAGGGAUCUCUGAUCUACGAGGACUCCAUCGUUCUGCAGUCCGUCUUCACUAGCGUUCGUCAGAAGAUCGAGAAAGAAGAGGACAGCGAAGGGGACGAGAGUGAGGAAGAGGAGGAAGAGGUUGACGAAGGCUCCGAGUCUGAAUCCCGUUCAGUGAAGGUGAAGAUUAAGUUGAGUCGUAAGGAGAAAGGAGAGAGGGGGAAGGGCAGACGUCGCAUCGGACGAGGCUCUCGUGCCAAACCAGUGGUCAGUGACGAUGACAGCGAGGAGGAACAGGAGGAGGAGCGUUCUGCCAGUGGCAGUGAAGAGGACUGA